AUGGCCCGUAUGACGAAGCCGUUCAUGAUAAUGCGAUAGUGUUGGUUUGUGCUUAGCACUUGAUAAAAGAUAGCGGUGACUGAACAGAUGCCAGUACUCACCCGCAGCUCGACCUGUCGGUUGAGAGUCGCGUACUCGCCCCGUGUACACUGUACAUCGGUACAUCAUCGGCAACGCAACGGUGUUACGCUCGUCGUGAAAGUGUCUAAAAAAUGCUGACGAUUCGAAGAAACUUGGAAAGACAACCGAUGUGAAGAAGGGGAUAUAUCGUCGCGAGCCGAGACCGUUGCGUGUCGUCGUCGUUGUACGAGUUCUCUACGGUUCUCGAUUAGUCGAUUCUCGAUUCUCAAUUGUCGAUUCGGAAUUGGACGAUGACAAAUAUUUGAUCGUUCGAUGCUACAAAUAUGUCUAGAGGACGGCACGAAAUUUACCUGGACCCGUUGAAAACGAUCACGGAACGCCACCGUUGGCCAGCGAGUACCGCGAGCAACUUGUAAAAUCGACGCGAGAGAAACGGUCAAGCGAAUCGUGUUCGUUGGAUAGAAUAUGACCAUUGCGAUCCAGCGACAGUAUUACUUCAAAAAGAUUCGCUGUAAACGUUGAUCGUCGCCGACAGGAGAUCGCGGAAAUAACUCGACCAGCUAAACGUACCUGCUGCCACGGGAAUUAAAGAUCGAUCGCGAACGGCCGCGAGAACGAUGGCCAAGUGUUCGAUGUUGUAUCGAGAUCGAGUUUCGUCGUCGACGGGAUCCGUUUGAAAAAAAAAUAGAAAUCAAAGUGAGGGGUGUUAGCAUUACCAAGUGUCGAGGUACGGAUCGAGGUUCGAUAAUCGUCGUUCAUCAAGCAUAAUUGAUAGACCGUUGGUGCCGUCGGUGAAAUCGUUGAAAGCUGAAAGCUACUGCUGUUACAAAAAGGACAUCGCACGAAAGGACUCGACCGAAUUCAAAGUAUGAUAAGCUCGGGCUGUAGGUUGAACUGUUCGAAAGCUCGGUCCGAAGACAUGCAUCGCCAGAGAGAGCGCACCGUCCGCGUCGCAGCCUCGAAUGAUGCAUGAUGAGCGGUGCGACUAGACUCGAUCAGGAUUGGAUGAGAAUGGUCGAGUUACGCGGUGGCACCGGAAUGACGAGCGGACUGAGCGCUCGGUCGUCGAGUCGUCUCCAUUAUACGAUACUCACGAUUUUGGACACGGUGUUCUCCGCUACUGUGGCCGCGCCGGCGGUUGUCGGUUACUGGAGGGGUACCUGGGGCCUGAGCGACGUCUACGUCUACCCCGAAGAACCGGUGCUCAGCAGCCUGACUUCGAUAGCGAUCGGCUUCAUCGGAUUGUACGCCUUCAACGUCACCCAGCAUCUCCUCAACGAGCUGCUGCACCCGGACAAACACCGACUCUCCUAUUACCUCGGUUCGAGACUCUAUACGGCGGUUUAUGGGUUUUGCUGCGUAAACGCUUGGCGUGGCGCCUGGCAGGCCCUCGACCUCUACACCGAACUCACGCCCAGCACAGUUUUCGCCACCACCGGCGUUAGUCUUCUAGCACUCGGCAUCAUGCGCGCCAUCAGGAACAUUUCCGCGCCACCCUUCUCCCUUUGCCUGGACUCUUGUCCGGGAUACUUCGAAGUGCCGACCAUGUUUCGCGUCAACAAUACGAGAGACUGGUCGUUGUACUUAUUGGACUGUGCCUUCAGCGUUGCUAUCGUCGGUACCUUGGUCGUGUUCGUAUGGAGGGGUGUUUGGAUACUUAUCGAUCUCUAUCUAUUCCCGGAUGAUCGAGAGUAUUCUGCGAUUGGAUCCCUUGCCAUCGGGUAUGUGAUAGUAACGGUGACGUUUUCUCUGCAACCGCUGAUGCGUUACGCGUGUGCCCGUCUUCAGGGCCUAGCCCGUUUGGUAGCAGCGGAUGGUUUCCUUCUGCUUAGUUUCCUGGGCACGGUGAACGUUUGGCGCGGCAUUUGGAACGUCCUGGAUCUCUGGCUGGUCCCGGAUAAUCCGGAACUGUCCUGCUGGAUCACCCACGUGGGAUGCUUCGUUUUCCUCGUACUUCUUAACUGCAGCAACUCCAUACUCGUGCGCGGCGUUUAUAUCGACGCCGAAGAAAAGGACGGCAAAUGCGUCGCAUUCCCUUGCCACUAUCUUCGAUUGUUCUUCAAGGUCGAACGCGAAAAGAAGGAAGCAAGACGACGAAACCUACUGGUGGCUUCGAAGGAUUUUCGGCCUCGGGCAGAUGCAAACGCAAAAGACACCGAGAACGGGGCGCUCCUGCCGAACAGUACCAAUGCCACUUCCGGCGCAGCCGCCGCUGCCGCCGCCACCACUAUCUUGCCAACGAAUCCUGAAUCUCUCGUUUAAUUCAAACACCGAAAAAUAUGGCCAGAAUUCGACACGACGUCGAAACUCUCGUCGAUCGAUUAUUUAUCACGAACAUCGAACAAGAAUAGGACUUUCGAUAAAGGUAGAAGACACGUGAGAAGUUUGUGCUCUCGGACAGUGAUCGUGCGGUCAAGUUCGCCGUGAGCACUUGUUUACAAACUCUUCGAAUGGAUUUCACGUUAAAGUCGCAAACAAAAUUUUUAAAGCGAAACGACGCGACGAGCAAGCGUAAUACGGUGCGAGUUCGAUAAACUCCCGGUGUUAUAAAAAAAUGGCUAGGUACUCUUCGGAUCUUGGAAUUAACUUUCUCAUAGUCUCGUAACCAUAGCUUUGUUCUCUGUUGUAAAAAUGCUCGCUGAUAAUCUUGGAGAGAUUAUCGUUGUAAAAUUGAUUUCCGUGCAUAAUCUUGUUAAAAUUUAAAAAGAAAAAUGGCGACUGGUUGGGAGAUCUCAGCUACAAGACGGUUCGUUAUCCUUCGCAAGAUGGAACGAAUGGUGCCGAGGGAAUUCGUCCGUUAUCACCGCUAACACUUUCCCUCUGACUCGAGCAUCUUCCGGUGAACAUUUUUCGACUUGUAAGACGUUAUUUUCUGUGGCGCUCUUAACUGUACCAUCGAGUUAGAGAUUCUUUUCAUUGCUCUCUUUACUGGUCGUAGCGCGUGUCAAUAUUUGAUUAUCGAUACCGAGACUUUAUCGAACUACUCUUGUUACGGUCUUAGACAGACACACGGACAAUCCUUUAAGAAACCGAUCGAAUUAGACUAACAGGCAGAUCGACGAAUCGCGAGGAGAAUCGGACGAUUACGAGCGGACAGGAUCGAUGAAGAACGAGGACUAUCGGAGCAAAGUGUGGUGAUUAUUUGGUGAACAGUUAUAAACGAGUGUAAGAAUAAUCGUUCAAUGCAUUUGUACGUUGUACAGAUGGAACUCACUGUACAUAAAUAAUUAGCGUGAUCGAUCCCGUGCGAUCGAGGGCGCAUCGUUGCAAGUAUAUCAACACGGCUAAAUACUACCGUGUAAGAAGAAUGUAGGCAUCCUUCGUCCUUGUAGGUGUACGCACAGGUAUACGUAAUAUAUUGUAAGUUAUACGGAAAAUAAGAAGAUGGAAGCGUGCAUGUACGCAUACAGAGUUAUGUACGUAUACAUACUUUUAUACGAUACUAUAUCGCGCGUAGGCGAUUCGGAUGGAGCGAUUCUAUGGAGAAAAUCAUACUUGGAUCGUUAUACAUUGUAUGUAUACUAACGUGGACCGCCCUUUGACGAAUUGCGUUGACGAUACGAGGUUGUGAAAAUGACUCGUUCAACGAACCGAUCGAUUCGUAUGAACGUUCAACGAACAAUUAAUAAUCCUUGUCGAAAUGGGAACCGUUUCGCGAAGGUUCCUAAUUAUUAUUCGAAGGGGAAUUCAGAGUCGAUGAACUCGCGAACAAACGUUUGUUAGCUCCGUCGUGAUUACGUAGGAUUUCAUAGGAUUUCUAGUCAUCGAUACGUUAGUCCCGCUUUCAUCGUCGAUGCCUGUCGACCGAACAUAUCGAAUUUAUUUUUGCGACACUUAUUACUUUAUCAAAGCGUAACACUCGCGAUCCUAGCGUUAGAUGAGACCUUGAUGAUGACAAUGGUAAUAGACUGGACGCGAUCAUUAUAAAUGGGUUAUAACCUUCUUACCCGCAUCCUGUACACCCCGCAGAUUUUGCUCUUGUACGCCAAUUACGACGUCAUGGCGUACUAAUAAUUAAUUAACUGGAAUAAUGACGGGACAAUGGGCGGCUGGGCACAUCGAUGGGGAAGUGGUUAGUUCGACGAUAAGCGGCUUGCCCUCCUGGCCUACAUUUAAUAUUUUACAAUGAACAAUGAACAAUGCGCCAGCUGUCGGGGCCGGACUUUCCGGUUUUCCAGCGACGUUCAACGCGGAAAACCGGAAAAUCGAUCGAUCGAUCGAUCGCGCGCGACGCCCGGGAGAAAUCGAACCUAGUCAAAUUAUCUCCCGAUAACGUUCAAACUCGCGUCGUACAGCGACUCGAAAUCGUUAUCGGCGGCUGCGAACUAAGAUGUACAGGGUAUUUCAUGAUAAGAGAAGCAAUAAUAUAUUUAUAUGCUGGUAUAUGCGACUUUUAACACGGAACAUUGAUUCAAAUAAAAAGAGAAACAG